GACAGAUGUCGGCCGAAAAAUCGUAAGAUGUACCAUCGUUUGAAUACUACUAACCGCACGAUAAUUUCGAAGGAUUGGUCGGACUUCCCUAAAAUCGGUCGUUCGGCAAGAAGAAUCGUCACGUCUAUGGGGAGCUUUAGCUGAUACUGUGGGCUAGUACUCCUAGUAGCAAAAAACUACACCGGCACAGAGGACUUUUAGGGAGCUCCAUGGUGAAGUACCCCGGCCAGUGCAGUUUUAUGCCAAUCAGAGCACUGACCUGGGGUAUCAGAACAGCUUGUGACUUUAAAUGGCAGAGAUUAGUAGGGAAGUGACUGGCCGGAUUGUUCUUCAGCAAUGUUUAUAUGCCAAGCUGCAAGUCAAACCUCCGGAUCAGGACUCAGAGGCUGAAUGGGUAGAGGUCAAUAAAGGCAUGGUCAUCUAUGUGUGCUUUUUCAAAGGAGCAGAGUCAUCUGUUAUUCCAAAGAUGGUGAGUUCUCUACUGAGCGUGAAGCUGAGUGAGUCUGACAAUGGAAAACGAGUCUCUAUUCUUGAUCUACCUGGUGAUGUCCUCAUUGUCCCUCAGGCAACACUGGGUGGAAGGGCUAAAGGUCGCUGCAUGCAGUAUCAUUCAAAUGCAGACAAAGUGCUGGCUAUGGAGUUAUACUCCAGCCUCAUUGCUCAGUGUGAGAAGGAACUUCAAGCUCACUCAAAAUGGGCAGAAUCAGGAGCUGUAUUAAAGUAUGGAACAUAUGGGAACAGACAGGUUCUGAAGCUUGACACUAAUGGACCAUAUACCCACCUGCUGGAGUUCUGACCAAUACCCAGUCCAUCCUUGUGAAGCAUUUAAAGAAAAUGAACUGAACCAGUUAGUGCUCAAUAUUGUGCUCACGCAUUUAUACGCUGUCAGCCACCUUCACUUUGUCGCGUUGUUCAGCAUCCUAAUCUUCAAAAAUCAUUAUUUCUUAUUAAAGUAAGUGUCAAAAAAUG